UAUUUAUUGCGAGCAGACAACUUGUCCUUUUAAAUAUAAAGUCGGUCCUGGCUCGUUUUUUACUCGAUAUAGAUACUUGGGGUGAAUAAAUUGGAAUGAUUGUACCUUGCUCCAAUAUUAGUUUGAAUCGUGCAUUUUUCCAAAUUUAACCUUGUCUAUGAAAAACUCACGAUUUCAUCAAUAAUAUUAAUAUAGUCACGAAUUUUCUCAUACAUAUUUUGAUACACGUAAAGUGAGUUUAUGAAACAUAUUUCGUUGUGUGAUGUUUUCAGAAACUGUAUCUUCUAACGAAUUUGAAUAUAUUGUGGAAGUAAAAAAAGAAGAAAGAAUAUGCUUUGGUUCUACCAUAAAUAGAAGUACAGGUCCAAUCGGAAAGGGAUUGUCACCAUACCAAAAAAGAAUGGUUAACGAAAUUAAUACUAAAACAGGUCCUGGUUAUUACAAAACAGAAGCUUUCAGAUCAGCGCUACACCCUCUAUUAACAAAGAUUUGCAGUAAAAAAGGCACUGUUCCCCUAUGCAGCAAAGUUCCUAGAUUUAAAGAAAAAGUCUGCUUUCAGAUUCCCUCACCUGGACGUUAUAAUACUUGUCAUUUCGUAGCAAAAUUCAAACAAAAUGCAGUCCCAUUUUGUACAAACAGUAAGAUUGGAGAAAAAUGGCUCAACUGCAAUCCCGGAAAAUUAGAAAUUGUUCCUUUAUGCACCAACAUCAAAAAUCCGAUGCUGCAAUUCAUAUUUUACCCAUGAAAACAGUGAGGAAAAAAAUUCGAAUAGAGGAUUAUCUGAAUUUAUAUAUGUGAAAAAUAAAAAUACGUUUAAGUUCAACUUUUAUAGUAAAUAUUUAGGUGGUAUUGCAAUGCAUUCAAUCAGGUAAUAGAGUUGUCACUUCAAAAUAAUGGAAAAUAUCGCAUCGUAUAUGAAAACUAAGUUUUCCAGCACCACAUAGUCGUAGCUUAAUACCUUAGGAAGUGGAAUCGUUAAAAAGAAAAUUUUCUCCAUUUUCAGGUCCCUUCUAAAUGCCAAAAAAUACAAAAAUAUGAACUCUUCCUAUAUACAAAUUCCAAAUGAUUUGUCUUUUGGAGGGUUAAAAUUCGUUUCAAAUUAGUCCAGUUUUCUUUAGUGAGGUGACAUUGAAAUCUACUGAAAUAAGAUACUGAAAAACAAAUUGUCAGGCCUAGUUGUCACCGUCAAGUAGGUCAAAUCCCCAAUAAGUUCACGAUAAAGUUUUCUCUUAAUUUUAAAUUUAAUUUAAUUAAUUUAAUUUUAAAUUAGUUUCAAUGGGAGUGGAAUUUGGUUUACAAUCACUCAUAUUGAAUUUAAUUAAUAGUUUUUCGAUAAAACUAUAGUUUCAUUAUAUGAUUUAAUGUUAAUUCCUAUUUCCCCCAUAUUUUUCAUUUCAAAUAGUUUUGCUAAGGAUAUAUUUCAAUAUAUUUCAAAUCAUUUCCAAUAAGAAAGAAAUCAUCUACAUAGAGUAACAUAAAAUUGAGACUGUAUUUGCAUUACUCGGAGAAUAAGCAUUUAUAUUUAUUAUUAUAUAUUCUGAAUCCUUGUUGUAGGGCAGUCGUAAGAUUUUUAUACCAUUCCCUUGAUGAUUGUUUUAAACCAUAUAUAGUUGUAUGCAACUUACCCACCUUGUGUUGUUAAUCUUAUCCUGGAGGCUGUUUCAUAUAUAUAUUGUUUCUGAUAAUUUUCCAUUUAGAAAUGCAACAUUAUUCUUAAACUGUUCAAUUUUUAUACUAGGGAGUUAGUUUCUGAGUAGUCUAAACCCUUCUUCUGAGAGCAGCCUUUUGUAUCCAAUCAUGUACGAUAUCUUGUUAUAUCUCCUAACACAUGCCGUUUUUAUGAGAAAACCCAUUAACAAUUGAUAGCGUUUCUACCUGCUGGAGAUCAACAAAGUUCAUGUUUUAUUUGUUUCUAAAGCGUUUAUUUCUUUAUUCAUGGCUUUCUGCCACAUUAUCCUUUUUGGAUGACUCAACAUCUGAAAUAUCUUAUGGUAUGUUUUCCAUAAAUGUUUCUGCAUUCAGUGCAAAUAUGAGGUAUGCUUCAUUGUCUUAUGGCUCAUUUUCUACAGCAUAGUUUUUAUGCCAUGUUGGUGUUUUUGUCAUUCUUCUGAGUCUCAAAUUACAUUUGCUUACUGCAUUGUCUUCUAUUUCUUCUCUUUCAUUAAGUCCAUCAAUAUCAUCUGUUUCUGUAAUUUUCUCAUUAUCUAUGUCUAUAGCUGCUCGAUUUGUUUUGCAGUAAAACUCUUCCUCAUUGAAUAUAACGUCCCUUGAUAUGAUUACCUUUCGUUCUGUCUUUCCAUUAUGUUCUGGAGUGUAUGGUGUUGUGUAGUCUAUUUAACGUACCAUUCUUGCAAAAUUGCUUAAUAUUUCCUGAAAUAUAUUCACCUCCAUUAUCACAACGCAAUACAGAUAUCUUUAAAUUGAAUUUUCUCUGAACUAGAAUAACAUAUACUGUGAAACAUUGAUAAACCUCAUUUUUAUUUUUUAUAAUAUAAACAUAAACAAAAUCAGAGUAAUAAUCGAUAAAUGUUAAAAAAACAUUUGCCACCUUUAUGAAAAGGGGUAUUAUAGGUCCUGCAACAUCUAUAUGAACAAUUUCAAGUAUUCUUACCUGUUACGGACGAAUUAUGUCAUCUCCACCCUAUGCAACUGUAUAAGAAAAGACGAUGCCAUUGUAAAUAACUUGAUUAUGUCAUGUAAAUUAAUAUUAUAUAAAAGACCAUUUUUCUGUUGUAUAAGUAGAUCUAAAUUAUAACUGUAACGCUGUUGUACCGAAAAACAUUGUCGGGAUAGUUAAUUUGUAGUUUGACUCAGUAAAUAUAUUUUUUAAAAA